GUGAUUUUGAUCAUGUGAUGUUUUAUUUGUCAAGAUGGCUGACAGGGGGAGGCGAGGUGAUGCAGUGUUUUUUAUCUAUGACCAUAACAUGUUAAAGAAGGAGGAAGAUGAUUUGAAAGAUGCUAUACUUUUCUUUACACCUGAUAAUUAUAGCAUUGAUGACCAAUGUGCUCUUUGUGGACAGUUGAUGGGCAUUUCCGAGUUUCUUCAGGUAACAUUAAGCAGAUCUGCACCUCGUGUUUUCCGGUUUGAGCAUGAUAAAUUUGCUUUGAAGAGGACUGGAGCAUAUACUUUUUGUUUGAAAGGUGGAAGUUUUAUACCUGACUCUUUAUUGUUCACACAGUUGACAUCACUAUAUGAGACUUUCAUAACAUACCAUGGCAGUAUAGAUAGUCUUAAAUUGAGAUGUAAAGAAUCAGUUACAGGGUUUCUACAGGAGUUAGGAAAUAUUUGGAGAACCAUUCUUCAAGUGUCAAAAGUUUUCCGUGGAUACACUCUAGAACAGACAUUCCAAUCUGUUCCAUAUAUUGAACUUCCUAAGAGCGGCUCACAUCUGUUCCUGCAAGCAUCACAUCUUUUACAAUCUAGCCAAAGGAGACCGUAUGUUUUAGCUGGGACUAUACUUUACAAAAAUGGGGUUUUGAGUACACAGUUGCCACCAAAGUUGACAAAACAUUUAAUCUACCUACAGAAUCAGGCAAGUAUGGCAUCCAUGAUUUUAUCAUUCCUUAUCUUUUGUAUUGAAGUUUCUCAUAUCCUGCGAAAAACAGACUGUGAGUUACCGGUAGGUUGCAGAGUUAUUACAAUAUUCCUCACAGACGAUGAACUGUCUGAGAUAAGACCACUUGAUUCACAGUCCAGACAUCACUGUAAAGUCACCGAUUUCAGUGUGUAUCGUCAAAAUGACAAUAGUGUUGUACCACCUUCUAGAACGGUCAGACAAUCUAAGAGCUCUCCUAAAAGGAGAUUGACAUGUCCUAACCUAGCAACCAACUCUGUGUCACAAAAGGCUUUACAUUCCUAUUUAACCUACGGUCAGCAACGAGUUAAUCGAUCAAAACCAGAUUCAGUGUCGGUCGACAAUUACUCAUGGUCUAGUAAGUCAAAGGUAUCCCUGUCUCAUGUACCAAUAGUUGAAUGUAGAUAUGGCGAGUCUGCUGUCGAGAGUGACAGCGAGGUUUUGUAUGCAAGAAUUAAAGAGUCACAUUUCGGUGAGAGCUAUAAGGAAGUUGCUACUGCAACCAGUUUUGAAAAUGAACAAUCGGAAACAGAUUCUGAAGUAGAUGAUGAUGGAGAUAAAGCUGAUAAUAGUGUAACAGACCAAAAGAAAGACUUGUCAAAUAGAGAUCAUAGCCCCAUGGCAACAGACACUGAAAAUCAGUCAGAAACACUUAAGACUGACAGUGCACAUGAAAACAAUAGUGACAUCAAAGUCUCUGAAUCUUGCCUUAGUAAUUUAACUGAUACAAGUGUAUCAACUGAUUCUAAUGCAGAAGUAAGCGAAAAAUCUGAAGAUUUUGAAUCUGAAACUGAUCUGUUAAAUAACGAAAAUAUCAAUACACAUAAUAGUACAUUUACAGAGAAAACUGACUCUGUUUUAAAGAGAGGUAGAGACUCUAAAAAGAAGGUAAUAAACCUCACUAAAGUAACAGAAACUGAUGAAAAUCCCGCAAUAAGUGACUUCGAUGAUGACAGUGAAGAAGAAAAUGGUGAUCAGACUACAGUUUCAAACAGUGUAAAAUCUUCUUCAGGCUUUAAAAGUAAUAAUAUAGAAGACCAAGACAAUUUAGAGGAGAAUAAUAUAGAAGAAAAAGAAGUGUUAAAAGAUAGUAAUAUAGAACAUACACAACCUGUAACAGAUGACAAAGUAAAUUCGGUUAAAAUAAGUGAAGCAUCUGUUGAGGAAAGUAGUGAAGCAAAUAAAUCUGGACUGGUGUUAUCUAACUCAUCCUCUGAUGUUGUUAAUUCAAGAUUCUAUGAUGGUUUGUCUGAUGUUGAAACAAAAACACUGAAAAAGAGUUCUGGACAUGCUUUACAUCAGCAUAUUGUUGAUGUCCAUAUAAACAACUCGGGACAUAGUUCAGGGACAGAUGAGCAUGAUUGUAAAACAUUAGAGGGUGCUAAAAAUGUUGAUUACAGGGUAAGAAAAGAUAGUGAAAAUAUUGGUGAGUCUAUUAAAGAAGACAAUGUAAGUCCUGAAGUUCCACAUGGAUUAAGAGAUUCUUCAAAUGUUUUGACUGAACUAAAAGAGGAUUAUUCUGUUAAAGAUCUGUCUAUUGAAAACAAAAAUAGCCAAGAUAAAAAUGUUGUGAUUGAAAACUGUGAUGACAGAAAAGAAAAUAUUGAUCCAAAUAAAACAUUCUUAGAUGCAAAUAAGUAUGAGUCAGAGAUUGAAACUGAGGAUGAAUCUAUUACCAUAGCAACCAUGGAACCUUGUAUAAACUGUCUUGAAUUGGCAGGUAGCCAGCUUGACCGUAGAACAACUGUAAGAUGCAGUCAUUGUAUUGCUAAAUUUAACAAACAAAAAAUGUUUGGUGAUUAUGGUAAUGAUCAAGAAGUUAUAAACUUUGAAGGAAAGUUAAGAGAAAGGUAUGAAUCUGGCACUGAGACAGAAGGACAAGCUGAUGUGUUUGAGAUUGGUCAAGCUUCAAGUAUAGUGUCAUCAUUUAGCAGUGAUGUGUCUACAGACAGCACUAUCUCGCGGUACUGGACACACGAGAUGGAUGGACUAAAUGAUGUCACAUUAUAUGUUCAGUGUCAUUCUGAUAUCUCACUGUUGUUGCUGAUGGAAAACCCAGAACAAUAUGAGGAGAGUCUCUUUCAUUCUUUGUGGAAGGGUUCACUAGCAUACCUGGCUGACCUUGACUUCUAUAUCAAGGAGUGUUUGGAGAGUCCUGAUAGUGAUGACAGUAAAGAAUCGUACCGAUAUCUCAAGUAUGACACAUUUGCUGCAGAUCUUAGAGGCACAGUUGAAGACCCUGGUACAGACAGGAAAAACAACAACCUUCAUCACAUGUUGGCAUCACUUCACACAGAAUUUCAGCAAGAAGAAUGCCUGUCUGAUGUUAUUCUUAGGUCACAUUUCAACAGUUGCUAUGGUCACUCCAAUCAAGUUGAAGAAACAUACUUCCAGUCAGAUAUUCACCAGAAACUCACAUCCGGUUUUCCAAUACCCAAAGAUCCGGUCUUUAACUUAGAUACGGUUGCUAGGCAACAACUAGCAAAAGAUAAACAUCUUUCUUUCCUAUAAACACAGAGAUAGAGUAAGGAAAUUUUGGUUUGAAAUUCUUCAUAAAGUAAAAACUAUACUUUAUAAAAAAAUAAAAACCAUAUUGGUUAACAUGGAAGUGCAAACAAAUGAUUUAAGAUUUUGAAAAUCUUACUGUGACUUAAUGUAUAUCAACCAAAGUGAUUGGCCCUAACUCUUAAAAAGGGUUGUGUUCAAUUUGGCAAGAUUGUGUAUGUAAGUGAUUCAAAAUAUUAUAAGAAACUACCUUUGAUAAAAGUGCUUUGAUCAUAUAAUGAAUUUAGUUGAUUACUAUUUGAAGUCAAUAAAGAAACAAAGUUUGAUGCUGGCUUUAUUAAAAUGGUGUUCCUUGACAUGGUGCUAUCUUCUUCCUUGUUGUCGCAAAAUGAUAGAUGAUUUUUUAAACAAAUUAGAUCUGUUCAGUUUCUUAAUGAAUGAUAAACGUUGCAGUGAUAUUUUAAUAGUAACCUAAGGUAACUUUCUGCACAAUUGCUAUAGAAACCUUGCACAACACAAUAUUAUUGUUGUGGAAACCGCAAUCAACUCUAGUAUUGUUAUGGAAACCUCAAGCAACUCUAUAGUAUUGUUAUGAACACCUCAAGCAACUCUAUAGUAUUGUUAUGGAAACCUCAAGCAACUCUAUAGUAUUGUUAUUGAAACCUCAAUCAACUCAAUAUUAUUGUUAUGGAAACCUCAAUUAACUCAAUAAUAUUGAAACCUCAAGCAACUCAAUAUAAUUGUUAUGGAAACCUCAAGCAACUCUAUAUUAUUGUUAUGGAAACCUCAGGCAACUCAAUAUUAUUGUUAUGGAAACCUCAAGCAACUCUAUAUUAUUGUUAUGGAAACCUCAAGCAACUAAAUGAAUAUUGGAGGUUUUUGAAUUGAAUGCUUAUUGUACACUUUGGAUUGUUUUAAUAAAAAGUUUGGUUUUAUUAAUUGAUGCCACUUUUAAAAUUGGGCUUAUUUGAUAAUGAAGCUAAUUUAAAUGGGGUUUUAUUUGAAAAUAAGAGGUUCAGAUAAAUAUUGUAGUAGUUUUUCUGUGUGCAAUAUUUUAUCACUUGAUAUAGAAAACUGGUAUGCAAUGUAUAUUGUAUAGUUUAAUUUCUAAAAAUGUACCGAGAUAUAAAUUUUAUUUAUUCCCGUUAUUUUUUGUUUAUUUAUUCUGAUAAAAUGUAGGACAUUUUAUCUUUUGAAAAACAAUGUUGCUUGUAUUUUUAUAUUUAUUACAUUUUAGGCUUUCUUAAAAUUGUUAUGUAGAUGUGAUUGAUGCAAAAUAUUUAUAAAAUAAAAGAACAGAAUGAUG